CGAGAUCUUUGGUGCAAGUGUCGUCUGCAGAACAUCUGCUGGAGGAACGAUGGAUUUCAAGACAAACGGAAUUGUGAUUGCCUCCCUACUGGUGUCCAUGGUGGCUAGCUCAUCAGUCCACCGUUUGAAGCGUGAGACAGUGGGACCAAACCCACUAUGCCAAGGUCGGUCGGGGGACUUCAGUGUGGCAGAUGACUGCUCCAAGUUUGUAAACUGCUGGGAAGGCUAUGGCAAGGUCCUGGACUGCACGGCCGGCCUGGUCUUCGAAGAACGGAUAAAAGCCUGCAACUGGCCAUCAGCCGAAAACACCAAGAACUGCGCCUACAAAAUAGCCAGAGACGAGGACCCCGCUAUUGAGCGGAAGUUAGAGCAGAUAUAUCAGAUCUGUAGCCAGCUGCCGGUGCUCGCCAACGCUACUCUCGUCGCCCACCCGGACUUCUGCAACGCUUACGUCGUCUGCGGAAACGGGGUGGCAACCACCCCAUGCGAGGUGUGCAGUGUGGGUACCUACUUCCCCGACACUGCUGAUCGAUGCGUGAGGUACGAGGGCGAGCUGGAGUGCACCGGUAAACGUGCAGUGCAGUUCAACGACCUGACAGGCGUGAGAGCCCGUGAUGCAAACUGCAAUCCUGUUGGCUCGCGACAGCCCCUGCCAAGACCCACACCCGAAUAUUGAAAUGUCGGGUACCCUGCCUCUGCCACAACGUGUUGCCUGUAGCCUGUCACGUGGAUCGUUGCAGCGCAACACAGCUUUCAUCCUACUUCGAAAGGAAACGGCCUAAGAAAUCGUAAAACGAGAAUCACAUGUCACAGCUUCAUAAAGCUGUAAAUAAUGAGAAUGAAAUUGCAUGUCAUAAUAUAUUUCACUGUAUUUGGAAGAUAUUACCCCUGAGAACAAUUUCAAAGCAAUAAUAACCUUUCUAGAUAACCGAGAGAAACUUAUUUUUCUUCUUGUGCACAGAAGGUAUUUUAACGCUCAAUGUUCUGCUAAAUCAAACGGCAGCAGAAGACAACUUACUAAAAUCAUAUAAAGAGUUUCUUAUAAGGAAUGUAGUACAGCCAUUGGACUUCCUCUUUCUACUUUCUUCUCAUCCAGAGACAAGUAACACUUCACACGUUUAUUUCUGUUACUGUCAUCAAAACAGUAAACAGCCGUAUUUCCACACACAGUGUCUUUGAAUCAUUUUGCUUUUCACAUCUUGAACCUUGUGAAAAAUAAUCCAAAUGGUGAGUUUUCGAUAUGAGAAUGUACUGUCACUUGGAUAUGAAAAAAUAAAACAAUAAUGAAGUCUC